AUGCGCCAUGAUCAAUUGGACAAUUGGAACGAGGCUUGGGUCUGGCUGGUUCUGCGGCGCCGUUCUCCUCGCAUGCUCACUGCUGCAGGCACUGAUACAUGUGCCCAGACCUGCGCGGUCUCCCCUCUCUGGCAGCGCGGCAGCAGCGCAGAGGGCGUCGGCUUUUCCGCCGGCAAGUCGCCCGGUGGAGUGGCUCGCACUGGCUCACGCUGGCUCGUGACCCAGCCAGGCCAGCCUUUUCAGCCCAGCGCCAAAGCGCCUGUUUGGCUGCUUGGCCUGCUUGGCCUGCUUACCCGUACACAGCAAGUGGGUAGGUGGAAGGGAUCUGCAAGCCCGAGGCCAAGGAGCAGGAAGCACUCCACGGCCGGCCGGCCAUGGCACAAACACCCCAAGACCUGGCCACUGACUAAGAGCAAGACCGACGACGGACGCAUCGCGACGCUCAAUUCCUCCUGCGACGCUCCGUCCUGCUUCCUCACACACAUUCUGGCUGGGCUGGAUAUAUUCUACUUGCUUCUCAAGUUACAGGCCGUAGCUCUGUAUCCACACGUCCCGUCGCGGCGCAGCGUCCUGCCCUCCGUGUCCAGCGUCUGCUUGCACAUACCCGCCUGUGACCCGGUAGAUCUUCACCCCCGCGUCCUAUACACUAUACGGCACAGCAUGGGCCCAGGAAUAGCCCAUCGUGUGGCUAGGAGAAUACCAGGCGAGGCCCUUCGUCGUGCGCCCCAGACGGAUAGAACCGUUCCUCCAGCCCAGCGGCCGUCCAGCGCCCAGUUGCACAAGGAGCGCCACACUUACACGGGCACCGAGCCCAUUGGAGCCGGCUUCCUCGCAGCACGCCUGAAUACGAGCCCUGCCUGUUGCUUGUGCAAUACUCUGGAACACGCAGAGACCUGGGCCUGCGACUUGGACUGA